AUGUUGGGUCGUUGUGGACGUCAGGCCUCGCGCCUGCUCCCGCGCACUGCAAGCUCCGGCAUUCGGUCCACCGCCAUCCCUCUCCAACUCCGUCCUGCCUCUGCGUCGCCCCUCCGACUGUCACUGCAAGCCCGCAGUGUAUCCUCCUCCUCUUCCGCUCGGGAUGGACAGCAAACGCUGCUCUCCGCACCCCUCGAGGAGGCCGACUCCGCCAUCUAUGACAUUCUUCAGAAGGAAAAAAAACGCCAGCAGCAUUUCAUUAACCUCAUCCCCUCUGAGAACUUCACAUCACAAGCUGUCCUCGAUGCGCUGGGCAGUGUAAUGCAAAACAAAUACUCGGAGGGAUACCCCGGUGCUAGAUACUACGGAGGAAACGAACACAUUGACGCUUCUGAGCGGCUAUGUCAGCAGCGUGCGCUCGAGACCUUCGGCCUCAACCCCGAGGAAUGGGGUGUGAACGUGCAGCCCCUGUCCGGCUCCCCCGCUAACCUGUAUGCCAUUUCUGCCAUCCUGAACACGCACGACCGCCUGAUGGGCCUAGACUUGCCCCAUGGUGGCCACCUGUCCCAUGGCUACCAGACCCCCACCAAGAAGAUUUCCUUCAUCUCGAAAUACUUUGAGACUCUGCCCUACCGGCUGGAUGAGUCUACGGGCCUCAUUGACUACGAUAGCCUGGAGAAGCAGGCUCUUCUUUACCGCCCCAAGCUCAUCAUCGCCGGUACUUCGGCCUAUAGCCGCUUAAUUGACUACCCCCGCAUGCGCCAGAUUGCCGAUGCUGCCGGCGCAUAUCUGCUGAGCGACAUGGCCCAUAUUUCAGGUCUAGUGGCCGCUGGUGUACUCCCAUCGCCAUUCCCCUACUCAGACGUGGUGACCACCACCACCCACAAGUCCCUCCGCGGUCCUCGCGGGGCGAUGAUCUUCUACCGCAAGGGUGUCCGCCGGACGGACAAGAAGGGCAACCCGGAGAUGUAUGACUUGGAGGGCCCAAUCAACGCGUCUGUGUUCCCAGGUCAUCAGGGCGGCCCCCACAACCACACCAUCACCGCCCUGGCUGUGGCGCUGAAGCAGGCCCAGUCGCCCGAGUUCAAAUCCUACCAGGAGACGGUUUUGUCCAACGCGCAGGCCUUGGCGGAGCGCUUGGGUAACCCGCUCAGUAACGGAGGCCUGGGAUACAACAUCGUCUCUGGCGGUACCGAUAACCACCUGGUCCUGGUUGACCUGAAGAACCGUGGUGUGGACGGUGCACGUGUAGAGCGCGUGUUGGAGCUGUGCGGUGUGGCCAGUAACAAGAACACUGUGCCGGGUGACAAGUCGGCGCUGAAGCCCGGUGGUCUGCGCCUGGGCACGCCGGCCAUGACGACGCGGGGCUUUCAGCCCGAGGACUUCCGUCGGGUGGCCGACAUUGUCGACCGGGCGGUGAUCAUCACACAAAAGCUGGACAAGGCGGCCAAGGAGAGCGCGACGGCCAAGGGUGUGAAGAACCCGAACACCGUCAAGGCGUUCUUGGACUACGUGCGCGAAGGCGAGGAGAUUCCGGAGAUUGUACUGCUACGGCAGGAGGUGGAAGACUGGGCGGGCACGUUUAGCCUACCAUGGGCCAAGGAUGAAUAG